UGUAGUGUGCUUGUUGAGCGGAGUUACCCAGUGCAGAGGUUGUACAAAGUAAUAGACGAUCCACUAUUUAGGAUACAAACUUUUUGCAAAAAUAAAUAAGAUCAUGGAGCCGGAAUAAGGAAAAUAUUGCCACAAGGACUUGCAAUGGAGACUUUGUUCAUCGGGUUACUGCUUUACAGUUAUUUCCUUCUGGUUGGUGCGUCUCCUCUCCUGCUCUUUGCAAACAGACGGGAUGUUCGGCUGGUGGACGCAGGGUCUGGGAAACCGGAGUCUGCUGUGGUGGUCAGUGGUCUUGAGGACGCAGCGGCAGUGGACUUUGUCUACUCGGAGGGGCUGAUAUACUGGACUGACGUGAGUGAAGAGGCCAUCAAGCAAACCCUUUUCAAUCAAUCUGGGAAUGUGCAAACUGUUAUCGUAUCGGGCCUGGAUUCUCCUGAUGGCCUGGCUUGUGACUGGUUGGGAAAGAAGCUGUACUGGACAGACUCCGAAACCAACAGGAUUGAGGUAGCCAAUCUGAAUGGAACGUCGAGGAAAGUCCUAUUCUGGCAAGCCCUUGACCAGCCAAGAGCAAUCGCUUUGGAUCCAGCACAUGGGUACAUAUACUGGACAGACUGGGGGGAGGAGCCCCGCAUUGAGAGAGCUGGGAUGGACGGCAGCACCAGGAAAAUCAUUGUGGACUCUGACAUUUACUGGCCCAAUGGUCUGACGAUAGACCUGGACGAACAAAAACUUUACUGGGCAGACGCAAAGCUGAGUUUUAUCCACAGAGCGAACCUGGAUGGAACCUUUCGGCAAACAGUGGUUGAAGGCACGUUGACGCACCCGUUUGCACUGACGCUAUCUGGGGAAACUCUGUACUGGACAGACUGGCAGACCCGCUCGAUACACGCCUGUGACAAGAAGACCGGGGAGAAGAAGAGGGAAAUUCUCAAUGGCAUUUAUUCUCCGAUGGACAUCCAGGUCCUGGGCCAAGAGAGGCAGCCCGACAUUCGAACCCCCUGCGAUGAAAACAAUGGAGGCUGCACCCACUUAUGCCUCCUGUCCCCAAGAGAGCCUUUUUACAGCUGUGCUUGUCCUACUGGUGUCCAGCUUCAAGAAGAUGGCAGGACCUGCAAACCAGGGGCUGAAGAAGUUUUAUUGCUAGCUAGAAGAACAGACUUGCGACGUGUCUCUCUUGAUUUGCCUGACUUCACAGACAUUGUGCUGCAGAUUGAUGACAUUCGGCAUGCCAUCGCUAUUGACUAUGAUCCAGUGGAGGGUUAUGUGUACUGGACCGAUGACGAGGUUAAAGCAAUCCGCAGAUCGCUCAUUGACGGCACUGGGGCUGAGACCCUGCUCACCACUGAAGUGAACCAUCCUGAUGGGAUAGCAGUGGACUGGGUGGCCCGAAACCUCUACUGGACUGACACCGGGACCGAUCGCAUUGAGGUGACGAGACUAAAUGGCACAUCCAGGAGAAUCCUCAUAUCGGAAAAUUUAGACGAGCCAAGAGCCAUCGUACUGGAUCCUGUCCGUGGAUACAUGUAUUGGACUGACUGGGGUGAAAAACCAAAGAUCGAGCGUGCCAGCUUGGACGGCAGUGACCGCCUUGUCCUUCUGAAUGACUCUUUGGGUUGGCCAAAUGGGUUAGCAAUAGACUAUGCAGCAGGAAAGCUGUACUGGGGAGAUGCCAAAACAGACAAAAUUGAGGUGAUAAAUAUUGAUGGCACUGACCGGAGGACGCUUUUAGAAGAUAAACUGCCUCAUAUAUUUGGGUUUACAUUGCUGGGUGAUUACAUCUACUGGACUGACUGGCAGAGAAGGAGCAUUGAACGUGUCCAUAAGACCAAAGGCAUAAGAGAGAUCAUCAUAGACCAGCUGCCGGAUCUUAUGGGCCUUAAAGCAACACGGGUGACUAAAGCAUUUGGAACUAACCCUUGUGCGGACAGCAAUGGAGAUUGCAGCCACCUGUGUUUCUUCAGGCCACAGGGUCCACAGUGUGCCUGUCCAAUGGGUCUGGAGCUUCUGGGCGACAUGAAGACCUGCAUUGUGCCUGAAGCCUUCCUGCUGUUCACCAGCAGAGCGGACAUUCGGAGGAUAUCUCUGGGAACCCACAAUAACGACGUUGCCAUUCCUCUCCCCGGAGUCAAAGAGGCUUCUGCUCUGGAUUUCGAAGUGUCUGAUAAUAGGAUCUAUUGGACUGAUGUCAGUUUGAAGACUAUAAGUCGUGCCUUCAUGAAUGGCAGCUCUGUUGAGCAUGUGAUUGAGUUUGGACUGGACUACCCUGAGGGCAUGGCGGUGGAUUGGAUGGGAAAGAACCUUUACUGGGCCGACACGGGCACUAACCGGAUCGAGAUGGCCCGUCUAGAUGGACAGUACCGCCAGGUGCUUGUGUGGAAAGACUUGGACAACCCUCGAUCUCUGGCGCUUGACCCAGCCAAUGGUUUCAUGUACUGGACUGAGUGGGGAGGUAAACCCAGGAUAGUGAGAGCGCACAUGGAUGGCGCCAACAGCAUCACUCUGGUUGAUAAAGUGGGACGAGCCAAUGGGCUUACUAUUGACUACAGUGACCUGAGGCUGUAUUGGACUGACUUGGACACUUGCAUGAUUGAGUCCUCCAGCAUGCUAGGGCUGCAAAGGGAAGUUAUUGCAGAUGAUCUCCCCCAUCCAUUUGGGCUUACCCAGUACCGAGACUAUAUCUAUUGGACCGACUGGAACCUGCGCAGCAUCGAACGAGCUGACAAGACCAAUGGGCAGAACCGCACGGUAAUCCAGGGGCAUCUGGACUACGUUAUGGAUAUUUUAGUGUUCCACUCCUCCCGCCAGGACGGCUCCAACGAAUGUGUGCAGAAUAAUGGGCAGUGCGCCCACCUUUGUCUGGCUGUACCUGAGGGAUACAAGUGUGGAUGUGCGUCACAUUACACUCUCGACAGCAAUGGCAGGAACUGUAGCUCCCCUUCCAGCUUCCUCCUGUUCAGUCAGAAGUCAGCGAUCAGUCGCAUGGUGUUGGACGAGCAGAGCCCAGACAUCAUCCUCCCUAUCCACGGACUGCGCAACGUCCGGGCCAUCAGCUACGACCCUCUGGACAACGUUAUUUACUGGGUGGAUGGGAGGCAGAACAUUGUCAAGAGAGCAAGGGAUGAUGGGUCACAGCCAUUUGUAGUGGUCUCUGCAACCAACCAUAUUCAGAACCCUGAGAAGCAGCCCCACGAUCUGAGCAUUGACAUUUUCAGUCGGACUGUCUACUGGACGUGUGAAGCCACCAACACCAUCAACGUGAACAGACUGGACGGGAAAGGCAUAGGAGUGGUGUUGCGCGGGGAGCACGAUCGACCAAGAGCCCUUGUGAUGAAUGCGGAAAGAGGGUACAUGUACUUCACAAACAUGCAAGAGAGGUCUGCUAAAAUAGAGCGCGCUUCCCUGGAUGGGACUGAGCGGGAGGUGCUGUUCACUACAGGACUCAUUCGACCUGUCGCUCUGGCAAUCGACAACACGCUGGGGAAGCUGUUCUGGGUGGAUGCAGAUCUCAAACGCAUCGAGAGCAGUGACUUGUCUGGAGCAAACAGGAUUACUCUGCAGGAUUCAAAUAUCCUCCAGCCCACAGGGCUGACAGUGCUGGGGGAGCACCUGUACUGGAUAGACAGGCAGCAGCAGAUGAUUGAGCGUGUGGACAAAAUCAACGGCGAUAAGAGAACCAGGAUCCAGGGGAGGAUAGUGCAUCUUACUGGGAUCCACGCAGUGGAAGAGAUCGACACAGAUGAGUUCUCUGCACACCCAUGUUCCCGUGACAACGGAGGCUGCUCACACAUCUGCAUUGCGAAGGGUGACGGGACCCCCCGAUGCUCCUGCCCAGUCCACCUGGUGCUGCUGCAGAAUCUUCUUACCUGUGGAGAACCCCCGACAUGUUCCCCUGAUCAGUUUGCCUGCUCCACUGGGGAGAUCGACUGUAUCCCCAUGGCUUGGCGCUGCGACGGCUUUCUUGAGUGUGACGACCACAGCGACGAGGAAAACUGCCCGCUCUGCUCAGCCAACCAGUUCCAGUGUGAGAAGGGACAGUGCAUAGAGUCCCGGCUGCGCUGCAACGGGGAGAUCGACUGUCAGGAUAAGUCUGAUGAGCAGAACUGUGACACGAUCUGCCGCCCAAACCAGUUCCGCUGCGGCACCAGCCAGUGCAUCCUGGUGAAACAGCAGUGCGAUUCCUUCCCAGACUGCAGCGAUGGAUCAGACGAGAUGCUCUGUGAGUUGAACACAGAGACUGAACUCCAGACUCACAGCAGCACCAUUGGGCCUGUCAUUGGGAUCAUACUGUCGCUGUUCGUCAUAGGAGCCAUGUAUUUCGUGUGCCAGCGAGUGGUGUGUCGUCGCUACAAAGGACCCAAUGGACCGUUUCCUCAUGAAUAUAUCAGCGGGACUCCCCACGUCCCUCUUAAUUUCAUAGCCCCAGGAAGUUCCCAGCAUGGCACUUUCACUGGGAUCCCAUGUGGGAAGUCCAUGAUGAGUUCUAUGAGUCUGAUGGGGAGCAGUGGCAGCGGCGCCCCUCUGUAUGAUAGGAACCAUGUGACUGGAGCAUCAUCCAGCAGCUCCUCCAGUACUAAAGGAACCUUCUACCCUCAAAUUUUGAACCCACCUCCAUCCCCAGCUACCGAUCGUUCCCUGUACAAUACUGAAAUGUUUUACUCUUCCAAUAGUCCCUCAACUACCAGAUCAUACAGGCCCUACCUAAUGCAAGGCAUUGCGCCCCCCACCACACCCUGCAGCACUGACGUGUGUGACAGCGACUACACCACCAGUCGAUGGAAGACAAACAAGUACUACAUUGAUCUGAACUCGGACUCAGACCCCUACCCUCCGCCCCCCACCCCUCGGAGCCAGUACAUGUCUGCGGAGGAGAGCUGCCCCCCCUCUCCCUCCACAGAGCGCAGCUACUUCCAUCUGUGCCCCCCACCGCCCUCCCCUUGUACAGACUCCUCAUGACCUCCCCACAAGGACUUCUCUAUCUGCCUCUGUAAAUAAUUUUAAAUAUGAACAAAUAAGAUAAUUCUAUUUUAUAAAUGCUAGGCGGAGGCCAUUUGUUGUGGGGAGUUUUAGCUUUUUUGGGGGGUGGGGGGGUUGUACAGUACUGCAAGAAUAAUUCUGGACAUGUGAAAUUUUGUACAGUAGAAAAAUAUUUAUAUAUUUUUUUGUUUUUAAUGAAUUGUCACCUGUGUGCCGUGCUAUCAGAUGUUCAACACACACAAUAAGGCAGUCAUGAUACUAGAGUAUGAAGGUAAACAAAAAAAAAAAAAAACACUGAUUUUGGUUAUUUUCAAACUCCAGAUCAAAUAAAAUGGGAUACAUUUGUAUGCAAUUGCAUAGCAAUUUGAGCCGUUCCAUGUUUUUCUGCAAGCCUUAAUUGUAUACAAAUGAUGCACGGUUUUAAACUGCCACUAACUCGGGAAUGGAUCAAAUUGCAGUGCAAUAAUUUGAUAUGCAGUCAGUCUAAAAGACCAACACAUUAAUGUACUGCAGUAAGGUUGUAUGCUACUGUAAUAUAACAGUAAGAUAGACUUCUAAAUACACAAUGGUGGAGUAUAAUCUGCAUAUAAUUCAUACCCAAACAAUGGUAAUAUUUGUAAUUACUUCUCCCAUUCACAGUCCAUAUGUUACAUGUUAAAGCGUUCACUUAGACAUACAGUAAUCCUACUGCAAUCAUUCCUAUGACAUACAUUUUUUGAUUCGGUCUGUUCAUUUAAAUGUCCUUAUAAAUUGCAUAUUAGAGAUGGAAUGACUUUUAAAGCAAUAUUGGUUAAGAAUGCCCUCACGUUACCAGAAAUGUAUACGUUUAUUUCAUUUCUGAUCAAACCGCUCAACCUGCAGGGAGCCUUGUCUUCCAGGUGAGAAGCAACUACUUUUCAAAACAAUGUGCAUGGCUGUACCAGUAAACUGCUUUGUACUGUGUUCAGGUAUUUCUCUAAUUCAGUCGCUACAAAAAAAAAAUGUAAUCCUACAUUGCAUUGAAAUGCAAAGCAUAUACAAAAACAAAAAUGCACAGCACUUGCUUUUAUUAUAAAUCCAUGCAAGGAUCAUUAUUAUUUGUUUCUAUUACUAGUAUAUCACCCUAAAGAUGCAGACUAUGUAAUGCUAAUGUAAAAGAAAAUAUUCAUUUAAAAUCCAGGCUCUAGAAGCUAUGUUCUAAGAUUUUAUGUUUCAAUCUGAGAAUAUAUUCCCUUUUCAAAUUUCAAUUGCAUGUGCAAAUGUUGUGCAACUUCCUCUGCUUAUUUUAUCUUGAUAAUGAAGUUGUGUAUAAACUGUUCCCAAUAGGAAACCCAAUCCUACAGCAUUAGCCACAGUUUUAUGUGGCAAAUGUAGGAGCGACUGUGUGGAAGUCCAUUGCAUAGAGGCUUGUGAGUUUCAGCUCUGCCUAAUGUGCAUUCUCAUUGGGAAAUAAUGUGGUUCUCCAUUCUGCUUUGAAACUGCCAAAUCGUGUCAAAUAGCUAUUGGACUGUAUAUAUGUAUUGCAUUUUAAUUACAGCUAUAACUGUCAUUUAUACUUUUUUAUAUGUGAAGAUCAUUUUUACUGUUCAAUUAAAACAAUGCAGUUCUCGUACUAUUUGUCAGUUUUAAAAAGUUGAAGUCCUUUUGAAAGUUGUACUCUCUAUUCAGUUACCAAAACAGUGUAUGUUUGCUGCUACUGUACAUAUAAUAUUCAGUUAAGACACACACAUCUUUAAAAAAAAAAACAAAAAAAAACA